AUGCAGAUUGACUCUCCCUCAAAACCCACAGUGCAGAUAUUUAAGGAUCAGAUUGAGAUUCAGGUUCAGGAGGUGUUAGAGGGGAGCUCUAUGGGUCUGCGCUGCUCUGCUAAGACUCUCUGCUCCUCUUCUCCACCAACUCUCACAUGGAGCUCCACUGACAGACUCCCCCUUAAUGUGAACAGCACACUUCAACUGGAUCAGCAGAAUCAAACUCAGAUCAUCUCUGAUCUGAACUUCACUGCUACUCACCUUCAAAAUGGAGUCACUUUCAUCUGCACUAUAAACUACCAGCUACAGCAGAGGAACGCAACAGCACAGAGCAACAUCACAUUACGUGUUCUGUAUGCUCCUAAAAACACAUCAGUGUCUGUGUUUCCAUCUAACUCUGUAUUGGAGGGCAGUUCAGUGACUUUGAUCUGCAGCAGUGAUGGAAAUCCAGCAGUGCUCAACUACACCUGGUACAGACAAAAUGGAACACAGCUUCAAAUGCUUCAGACUGGAUCUAAUCUCACUUUAAAUGUGACUAAUCGUACACCGGCAGGACCCUACUACUGUCAAGCCCAAAACCUAUAUGGCACCCAAAACACAUCAGUGUUACUGGACAUUCCGUUUUCCCCUAAAAACACAUCAAUAUUAGCGAUUCCAUCCAGCAGCGUGUUAGAGGGCAAUCCAGUGACCCUGAACUGCAGCAGUGUGGCAAGUCCACCAACCAACUACACCUGGUACAGAGACAUCGGAGGACGGCUUCAACUGAUUCAGACUGGCUUUAAUCUCUCCUACAGUGUAACUAAUCGCACACAGAGUGGAUGGUACUACUGUGUAGCUCAAAACAAAUAUGGACAACAGAACUCAUCAGUUUUACUGGAUAUACAGUACCCCCUUUAUAACAUAUCAAUAUUAGUGACUCCAUCCAGUACUGUUUUAGAGGGCAAUCCAGUGAGUAUGAACUGCACCAGUUAUGGAUAUUCAGCAGUGCUUAACUACACCUGGUACAAAGACAGUGGAGGACAGCUUCAACUUCUUCAGACUGGACAUAAUCUCACCAUCAACGUAACUACUGCUGCACAAAGAGGCCGGUACUACUGUGUGGCUCAAAACAAAUUUGGACCACAAAAUUCAUCGAUUUUACUGGAUGUUCUGUUUUCCCCUAAAAACACAUCAAUAUCAGCGAUUCCAUCCAGUACUGUGUUAGAGGGCAAUCCAGUGACUCUGAACUGCAGCAGUGUGGCAAAUCCACCAAACAACUACACCUUGUACAGAGACAAUGGGGGACAGCUUCAACUGCUUCAGAUUGGAUAUAAUUUCUCCUACAGCGUAACUUAUUGCACACAGAGUGGACGGUACUACUGUGUAGCUCAAAACAAGUAUGGACAACAAAACUCAUCAGUUUUACUGGAUAUUCAGUACCCCCCUAACAGCACAUCAAUAUCAGUGACUCCAUCCAGUACUAUUAUAGAGAGCAAUCCAGUGACCCUGAACUGCAGCAGUAAUGGAAAUCCAGUGGUCAACUACACCUGGUACAGAGCGAAUGGCGGAAGGCUUCAACAACUUACAAUACAGACCGGAUAUUAUCUCACCAUCAGUAGAAUUACUGCUGCACAAAGUGGCAUGUACUACUGUGUGGCUCAAAACAAAUAUGGACAACAAAAUUCAUCAUAUUUACUGGAUGUUCAAUUUGCCCCUAAAAGCACAUCAAUAUUAGCGAUUCCAUCCAGCAUCGUGUUAGAGGGCAAUCCAGUGACUCUGAACUGCAGCAGUAAUGGAAAUCCAACAGUGCUCAACUACACCUGGUACAGAGACAAUGGAGGACAGCUUCAACUGCUUCAGACUGGAUAUAAUCUCAUCAUCAGCCAAACUAAUCCUGCACAUAGAGGCCGGUACUACUGUGUAGCUCAAAACAAAUAUGGACAACAAAAUUCAUCAGUUUUACUGGAUGUUUUGUUUUCCCCUGAAAACACAUCAAUAUCAGCGAUUCCAUCCAGCACUGUGUUAGAGGGCAAUCCAGUGACUCUGAACUGCAGCAGUGAUGCAAAUCCAGCACUGAUAAACUACACCUGGUACAAAAAGAAUGGAGGACAGCUUCAACUGCUUCAGACUGGAUAUAAUCUCAUUAUCAGCGUAACUAAUCGCACACAAAGUGGGCAGUACUACUGUGUAGCUCAAAACAUCCAAGGACAACAAAACACAUCUAUUUUGCUGGAUAUUCAAUAUCCCCCUAGCAACACAUCAAUAUUAGCGAUUCCAUCCAGCACUGUGUUAGACGGAAAUCCAGUGACCCUGAUAUGCAGCACUGAUGCAAAUCCACCACUGGUUAACUACACCUGGUAUAUAGAUAAUGAAGGAGACCUGGAUGUGCUGCAGACUGGAUAUAAUCUCACCUACAACGUAACUAAUGUUGUACAAACUGGGGAGUACUACUGUGUAGCCGAAAACAUGUUUGGUCAGGAAAAUUCAUCCGUUUUUCUGGAUAUUCAGUACCCCCCUAGAAAUACAUCGAUAUCAGCGAAUCCAUCCAGUACUUUGUUAGAGGGCAAUCCAGUGACUCUGAACUGCAACACUAAUGCAAAUCCACCACUUGUUAACUACACCUGGUACAGAGACAAUGGAGGACAGCUUCAACUGCUUCAGACUGGAUUUAAUCUCACCAUUAGCAUAACUUCUCCUGCACACAGAGGGUGGUAUUACUGUGUAGCGCAAAACAUAUAUGGCCAACAAAACUCAUCGGUUUUUCUGGAUAUUCUGUUUUCUCCUAAAAACACAUCAAUAUCAGCCAUUCCAUCCAACAUUGUGUUAGAGGCCAGUCCAUUGUCUCUGAUUUGCAGCACUAAUGCAAAUCCAGCAGUGAUCACCUACACCUGGUACAAAGACAAUGGAGGACAGCUUCAACAGCUUCAGACUGGAUAUAAUCUCACUAUCAGCGUAACUAAUCGCACACAAAGUGGACGAUACUUCUGUUUUGCUCAAAACAAGUAUGGGCAACAAAGCUCAGCAGUUUUACUGGAUAUACAGUAUGCCUCUGAGAUUGCUCUCUCCGUCUGUGACACAACUACAGGAACUGUGUGUUAUUGUGAGGUUCGUGGGAAUCCCUUUCCCGAAGUGGACUGGUUUCUAACUGGACGUCCUGUCAGUAACUCUACAAACACAUUAAUUCGUGAGGUGCGACAGAGCAGCUCAGGCCUGAGGAGCUACAUCACUUUAUCUCAAUCACUAACAUCCACAGACACUCUGCAGUGUCUCGGCACCAAUGCUCGUGGCUCUGCCAGUACACAGUUUCAGCUUAUUUCAUCUCAGGGAUCUACUGCUCUUUCAUCUCAGGGAUCUACUGGUAACCACUUAGUUUUGAAUUAA